UGGAGGCGGCGAUGGAGGGGGAGCUGGGGUUCCUCUCGCCCGCGAGGCCGUCGCGUGUCUCCUCCAAGCGCGGCGACGAUCGCGGCUUCGGCUCGCCGACAUGGUCGUCUCCGCUGGGGACGCUGCUCGACUCGCCCUCAUCGUGCAUUUCCGAGAGCCGCGCCGGCGGGGACGGGGUCUCGGGAUUCAGCUCGCCGACAUGGGGAUCGCCACUGGAGAAGCUGUUCAACUCGCCCUCAUCGUGCGUCUCCGACGACAGCCGAGUCGGUGGCAACGGCUCCGGGUUCAGCUCGCCGACAUGGGGAUCGCCGCUGGAGACGCUGUUCUACUCGCCCUCAUCGUGCGUCUCAGACAGCCGUGGCGAUGGCGACGGCUCCGGGUUCAGCAAGCCGAAGCAGGCGUCGCCGCUGGAGACGCUUCUCAAUUCCCCCUCGUCGUGCGUCUCCGACGGACGCGGUUGCGGAAACAGCUCUUCGCCGAGGGUCUCGAAGGAGCGUGACAGCGAGGUGCAGAAGGCGGAGAGGCUCCUGCGCGAGAUCGCCGAGCGCUACGACGACUGCUUCCUCCGCCUGCGCAACGCCACGGCCGAGCUCGCCGACCUCCGCCGCGAGCGCAUCCACCUCGGCGCCGAGAACCUGCACCUCUCCCUCCUCCUCGAAGAGCUCGAGGCCGCCGAGCAGAGCAAGCAGGCGUCCGCGGUGGCUCUGAAUCUGACACUGCCGCCGAGGCCCGUGCAGGCUGAAGCAGCAUCCGGACGCGCCCCGAAGAGCAUCUCCAUGCGCUCGAAGGGCUUCCUCUCGCCGAAGCAGCCGCUGCGGGAGACCCAACCACAGCGCCUCCGUGUUCGCACGUCCCCGGCGAAGGAGGACGCAAGUGAGAAGGAGAAGGAUGACGGGGAGGUGGAGAUGGAGGCUUCGAGGCAGGGCGCCGUGAAGACCGAGCUGUGCAACAAGUGGGAGCGCGGCGGAUGCCCCUACGACAGGCGGUGCAGGUUCGCGCACGGCAUGGAGGAGCUGCGCCCCGUGAUCCGCCACCCGCGCUACAAGACCUUGGCGUGCCAAUUGUUCGCCGCCGCCUCCGGCUGCCCCUACGGCCACCGCUGCCACUUCCGCCACUCCCUGCCGUCCACUGUCGAGACCUGCUAGGCCGCCGGCGACCGUCCACCUCCUGCUGCCGCCGCGUAAGCGCAACGCCUCUUCUAGCCUCCUGCUUGUUAAGAUUCGGAGCUGCUUCGUCUGUCAUUCAUUCAUACUAGAUCAUGUAUGUGGCUUAAUAAAGUAGCAGCAUGCUCCUUGCAUUUGGUGUUUAGUUAGCUUAAUAAUAGAGUAAUACAGUAUUGCCGAGUGAUGGGCCAAUGAUGGGUUAGGGAUGAUGGGCCAAACGGCCAGAGAUAUCAAAACAAAGUUCGCUGACAAAAGAAGAUGGGCCAAAUUGGCCGUGUAUGUCAUGUGAUCGUCACUCUUCUAGUGACACAAAUUGUAGCCCAAAAUAAGGCUUUGUAUGUUAUUGGACUGGGACAUGCAUCUGAUAUGAUAAAACCUGAAUAGUCAUUUUUUCGGAA